AUGGCCAAAACAGCAUCAGCGAUGUCGACGGUAGUGGCGUUAGUGGCGAUGGCGGUUACGUGUUUUUUCGUGUUAGCGGCCGGUCAAGAUUCGGACGAGGCAGCGAUGAUGUUUUCCGAAGACACGUCUCUGGCGGCGGACGAGCUGACCGCCCGGCCGCCGUCGUCCCAGGACAUGUCGGCAUACACGUCGCCGGCUGGUCGCACUUUGACCGGCAAACCGCCGGCCACCAACAUACAAAAAGUGUCCAGGACGGCCAAGGCGGUGGACCCGAUGUCGGCCAUGGUGAUGAUGAUGGCCGCGGCGACGGGUUCGGGCACUGGAACGGCAGCAGCGGUGGACAACGACACUGCUAGUGACAGCGGACCCUACACUUCCGACCUGGAGUGGCUGUCGAACGUGUACAACCCUCACCGGUGGAACCCCGUCGAACUUCCGGCCGCGAACAUGCUGUCCGUCCAGUGCCGGGACGUCAUGAAGACUUACCUGGAAGCACUGCGCCGGGGAUCGUUUUGGGCGGCUAAAAUGGCCGACGCCAGUGGACGUUACUCGUCACAGCUGUUUUUCGGUAAUGACUUUUGGUUGGGAUCUCAUACUCUCUGCAAAGAAUUACAGAACAAAGCGACCAAUCAAUACGUGCCACCUUUCGAAGCUAAAUUCUAUGUUGCGAAAUUGGCGAUCAAAUUACAUGAUCAGUUGACCCCUAGAACUAGAUUGAUUUCACUUGGUCUAUGUAUACCAAAAGAUUGCAGUUCUACAGAAGUGCAAAAUAUGGUUAGUGUUCCCAAGGAAGAUAGUGAAUCUAAUUAUCGAAGUUAUAGCGUACUCAAUGUCAGAUCUGUGCCUGGUACAUACACUCUGUGGUCGGAUAGUAAAUUUCAUAUAUUAUUGAUUGUUGUUGGGCUGGUAACUAUAUUGACAAUUGUGGGAUCAGGAUAUGAAAUGAUAUUGGAGGGUCGAAAAGCUAGACAAUUCAAAAAAAGACAAUAG